AUGUCGCCUUCCCCGAUCCGAUGCCGUGGGCCAUGGAAAAUACAAAAACGCACGUCUGAUUCAGAUCGUUGGCUAGACGAGAUGGGUUAUUUUCGAAAACAUACGGCUAGAGACUCGAGCUGUCUUUUUAGGGCUGUUUCUGAAAAUAUUUACAAUACACAGCGUUAUUUUCAUAAAGUUCGUUUAGACUGCGUUCACUUCAUGGCUUCUCAACGACACCUUUUCGAGGGGUCAUUAAAUUGUCCAUUUGACAAUUAUCUUAAAGAGAUGUCUAAUCCAUCAGAAUAUGGUGGGCUGAUUGAAAUAUCGGCUAUGAGCCACCUUUAUAGACGUGAUUUUGUUAUUUUUGAAGCUAACAAGGGUCCCCAAACAAAAAUUUGCAAUGGUUAUGGAGUCACAAUUUAUUUGUUUUAUUCACCCGAUACUAAGCAUUUUGAUGUUGUUUACACUAAGGAAUUCAUUGAUGCAUCAUCAUUUUGUCAAUCAUUGGUUUAUGAGAUACUUUAUGAUGGAGUGUAUCACUUAAAGGACUUACCAUAUGCUGUUGACAAAAUGUUACAUGACAAAGUACCAACCAACCAUAUUGAAUAUUUUAUGUCAGAAAAUGUAGAGCGCCGUAAAAAACAGAAAGAGAAAUCUAAAAUUUUCAUUGAAACUCCUAAUGAUGAGGAUAAGGAUAAAAAUAAUAAUGCUUUAGCCAUGAAAUGCAAGCAUCAUAUUGCUGAUGCAGACAGGGGUAGCCUUUUAAAGGAAUCUCUCAGUAUUUUUGUGUUUAAUCGCAGUCUCAUACAGCUUGAAAAUGUUUGCAUGAAUUGCUUAAAUGUGAACAGCGCAAAGGAUUUACUUGAAAAUGGAAUCACUCCAUUUCCAUAUAAGGUUGCUAAAGCAUUAGAUCCUGAUAUAUAUCGCAAUAUAGAAUUUGAUGUCUGGAGUGAACUCAAAAGAGAAUUACGUUAUGGAGCUAGGUACUGUGAUGGAACAACUCUUCAAGUGGGAGUUAAAUGCCUUUGCAAGCUUGAUCCUGAUCAAACAGUGGCAUAUCACUGUCAUAUCCAGGAAAUGAGAACUGAUGGACCUUGCCUGGUGUUCAUUGAAGAGUUAGGGGAGAAACACUAUGUAAAUUAUGACCAAUUGGAACCAUUGCCAAUAGAACAAGUGAAACCCUGGGCCCCACCUUACAGAUACACUCGGGCGAAUUCUCAAAUUGUGAACUUAAGUCAAAUGUUGCAGCAGAUAGGCAACAUAACUCGUAAACAAGUGCUAAGCAAGAGAACCAAAAUCAAAGAUGAGAUAAAAGAAACCGAACCAACGGAGAACCAGGAGAUGACCCAUUACUAUACAUAUCCGCACUUGGAUUAUAUAAACUUUCAACCAGUGCCCGUUGAAGUAAAAGCACUGCCCCUAAUGGUGGACUGUCGGCCGGCGGGCGCUCCGCCCCACGAGAUCGCUCACGCCAACGGAGCCCCACCGGAAAAUCAUAAUCAGGCAGGUGCGAGUGUAGACAUGGCGGCGCACGGGGUGCCGCCCGCGUCAGGGCGCGCCUCCACCCCCGCCACUACGAACGCAAUCACUACGUACAGUGCUAAUUAUAAUGGGGUAAUGAACCCGGGCCAAGCGUCGCAAGCGCCGCCGGUGAACUACGGGUGCGCGCCGUACGGCUGCGGCGUGAAGUCGGUGGUGUGGUGCGGCGCGCCGGCGCUGCCCGCGCUGCCCGCGCACGCGCCGCCGCACGCGCCGCCGCCGCCGCCGCCGCCCGUCAACCCGCACGUCUGCAAGAGCGUGCAGCCCAGCGGCGCGGACCUGCCCAUGAACGACAUAGCGACCCUGCGCUUCUACUUCAACCUGGGCGUGGAGUGCAUGUGGGCGGCGUACGGCCCGCCGCCCGCGCCGCCGCGCCACUACGCGCCCCGCGACCUGGCUCACGAGAUGCAGCAGAUGUCGCUGCACGAGCGCGCGCAGGAGGCGCACAAGCACAAGGCGCAGGACAAGCCGCCGCUGCCGCAGCACAAGGGCGCCGGCCAACGCCCUCUACUGGGGCCCAGGUUUAAACGUGGCGGCAACAACCAAGAUGGCGGCAAUCAGAACAACAACCAACAUCAGAAUAAGGGCCAUAAUAAUAACAUGCCGAAUAAAGGACCUAAUAACCGGCGCAACUCGCACACAGAUCAACGCGCGUACAUGCCCAACACGAACGUAGGUGUGGGAGUGGGAGGAGGAGUAGGAGUGGGCGUGGGCGGGGGAGUGGGUGUAGAGGAGUGCAUGGAGCCCCCGCUAGUCUCCUUCCCCUACAUCCCCUACCCCCCGCCGAUAUACCCAGUGCCGUAUUACCCUCUGGAUUCUGAACCUGCCAUGAUGGGGAUGAUGGGGGGCAUGGGCUACGUGGGCUACGAGGAGGGCGUGGAGUAUGCGCCUGUGCAGCACUUCUACCCCCCGCCUUACCCGCCGCAGCACCACCCCGAUCACAAG